CGGACCACAACAAACAGCAGAGUCGAUCGGAGCCGGAGCCGGAUCCGUCCGGGAACAGCUGGCGGCCGGCGAGAGUGUGUGGUGUUGGUGGCGGCGUCCUGUUCAUGCUGUGUCCAUGUUGGCCCGAGCCCUGCUCCUCAACCUGCUCCUCCUGCUGCUGCUGGCGGCGGCGGGCGGCGGACUGAGGGCCCGGGAGGAGCCGCCGGCGGCGGAGGUGUCCGGAGGAGGAGGAGGAGGUGGCAGCGGAGUGGAUGCGGUGGUGGAGGACGACGAGGCGGAGGAGAGUGAGCCGGGCGGGGAGGAGAAGCCCAGGUCCCUGGUUAUUAUUAGUUUGAUGGAUGGGCGCAUUGCAGCGUUGGAUCCCGAGAAUCGUGGAAUUAAACGGUGGGAGAUGGAUGUUGGAGCUGGAUCUUUAGUUUCUGCCAGUCUCAGCAAGCCAGGGGUCUUUGGGAACAAAGUGAUCAUUCCGUCGCUGGAUGGGCACCUUUUCCAAUGGGAUCGAGACAGAGAAAGCAUGGAGGCGGUUCCUUUCACGGUGGAGUCUCUCCUGGAAUCUUCUUACCGACUUGGCGACGAUAUAGUCUUGGUUGGAGGGAAGUCCCAGACAACCUACGGGCUGGAUGCCGACACUGGAAAGAUGCAGUACGUCUGCUCCAUGGGGGGAUGCAGCCGCUGGGAUGAGGAUGUGACGGACCAGGAAUCUGAUCUGCUGCUGCUGCAGCGCACGCAGAAGACGGUCAGAGCUGUGGGACCUCGAUCUGGUGCCGAGAAGUGGAACUUCAGUGUUGGACACUAUGACCUAAGGUUUGUCCGCGAUGCCACAUCGAGCAUCAACUACAUUGAGAGUGAGAGCAGUGCCAACCACUGGAACGGUCGAUCGAAAGUCCUCUCAGAAAUGGAACAGGACGGCAGCACUAAAGACAGGGUGAUAAAGGUCUCUGUUUCAGACUGGAAGGUGAUGUCCUUCAGUAACAAACAUGAUGGACAGCUGGAAUGGGAACACCAGUUCUGUACUCCAGUAGCGUCGGCCUGGUUGGUAGAAGAUGGAGAGGUGACCCCAGUCAGCCUCUUCGAUGAUGCCAGCUACUCCGCCAACGAUGACAAAGAUGAUGAGGAAGAUCUCGUGGAGGCAGCAAGAGGAGCAGCUGAGUCAACAGAAUCCAGCGUCUAUCUGGGUAUGUACAAGGGACAGCUGUACAUGCAGGCAUCUGUUAGAUUAUCGGACAAGUUCCCAUUGAUGGUGCCGGCUGUUGGGGAACAUGUGGAGACGGACAUCAUCUCCUUGCCUAACAUCAGAUGGAAGCCUCUAAUUCAUUCACCUGCUAGAACGCCAGCUUUGGUCCGCUCUGAUGAACAUGAUAAAUGUCUCAGCAAUGACAUACACUCACACGAGGAAUACAGUAUCGGAGCUCUGUCUCUAUUGCAAUAUCCGUACGACAGUGGCUUUUAUUUGCCCUACUACGGGAAAGAUCGGAGUAAGCGAGACAUCCAUAUUUCUGUCAGACUCUUCGACUCCUCAAAACCGAAGAAAAAAGCCAGAAAGAAAGACCCCAUCUUGCUGCUGGACUGGUGGGGGGAAAUAGCAGGAACCAUCCUCCUCUGCGUCCUCGCUACUACUUAUGUUGUUCGUAAGCUCGUCCGUCACCCAGUAUCUAUUGAGCAAAAGAAGGAAUACGAGGUACCAUGUCAACCUGACAGUACCAGCGAUGCAGCUUUAGAACCAGUGAAAGUUGAGUUGGCAAAUUCCUCUGGGAUCGUUGACUAUAUGUCCAGAUGUCUUAGUGACUUUGAGUUGGUCCAGUGUCUCGGACGUGGUGGGUUUGGAGUAGUCUUUGAGGCAAAAAACAAAGUCGACGACUGCAACUACGCCAUCAAGAGGAUUCGACUCCCGAAUCGUGAUCAAGCGCGGGAGAAGGUUAUGCGAGAGGUGAAGGCACUAGCUAAACUGGAGCACCCAGGCAUCGUCCGCUAUUUCAACGCUUGGCUGGAGGCACCUCCUGAAGGCUGGCAGGAGGAGAUGGACCGGCAGCUUCUCGAGGACGAAGGUACUGAAUGGCCUGCGAGUUCUCCCUCCAUCAACCAGCUGAAGAAUCCGGUCGUGGGAAACUGCGCGGGGACCUCUGCGCCUUCUGUGAAGUUCAGUUCCUACUCUGUGAUUGCUGCGAGUCAGUCUUCGUCGUCGGAGCUAUGCAUGUGUCUGGACUUUUCCAAGGAUGUUAACCAGCCCUCAGAGCGCAGGCAAUGUGACCAGAAUGGCCACCUGUCCACGGGUGAAACUGAUGGAAACUCCAACCUGACAAACUCCUUUGAAAUAUUCCCAACGGCUGCUGGUAAAGUCAAGGGUGAUGACAAGACUGCUUCCUUUGACAUUGUGUUUGAAGAUUCGGGCUGCCAACAAGCAUCAGGCCUCGAGCCAUCAUGCCAUUGCACAGGCAGCAGUGGCAAGCAAACCACCACGUCUAGGGUGGAGGUGAACAGUAGAACUGAGGGUCUGCACCCUGACUGUACUUUAUCAUGUUCUCCACCAAGACCCACCUCACUAAAUCUGGGUCUGUCCAAAGGAGUGGAAGAGAAAGUGAAGCAGCAAAGCUCCCCCAAAGUUUACUUGUACAUACAGAUGCAGCUCUGCCAGAAAGAGACGCUGAAGGACUGGAUGAAUGGUCGAUGUCGCAUGGAGGAACGGGACCGUACUGACUGUCUUCGGAUAUUUUUGCAGAUGGCCGAUGCUGUCUGCUUUUUGCACACCAAAGGACUAAUGCACAGGGAUCUUAAGCCUUCAAAUAUUUUCUUUACAUUGGAUGAUGUGGUGAAAGUGGGUGACUUUGGGCUGGUGACGGCAAUGGAUCAAGACGAAGAGGAGGGGUCUAUACUUACACCAAUGCCAGUGUAUGCCAGACACACAGGGCAAGUGGGCACUAAACUCUAUAUGAGCCCAGAGCAGAUAUCUGGAAACACUUACUGCCAUAAAGUUGACAUCUUUUCCCUGGGCCUGAUCCUGUUCGAGUUGCUGUAUCCCUUCAGCACUCAAAUGGAGAGAGUCCAGACCUUAACAGAAGUUCGGAAUUUAAAGUUCCCCCCUUUAUUCCUGGAGGAAUAUCUUCAGGAGCAUGAAAUGGUGCAGAAAAUGCUUUCUCCUGAACCCGGGGAGCGCCCAGAGGCCGUGGACAUCAUUGGCAACACUCUCUUCGAAGGCUUUGAGGUUCCGGACAAGCAGUCGCUGAGGCAGAGAUCACGGACACUGAGUACCAGUGGAGGCAAGACUUUGAGGGGAUCAGUCUCCUAGCAGUGGAAAGUCAACCCGGCCGAUCUCUAGUUUCUUGAUCCACGGGCCCUUCUAUUUCAUUCCACGGUGGCCAGCCAAUGUCCUUGAAUGAAUACGAAAACAGGCUUUGUCACUUCCGCGAGUUGCCAAAGCUUAAAAGGCCAAGUGGCGGCCUGCUGUACUUCCACACUGAAAGUUUAAACGUUUAAAAAAUUAAGUAUGGACCCGAAGUGUAUGGGUAAGGCUAUACCAAUGAGAGACACUGUUUGCCUUGAGGUUACCUCUCUUACACAGACUCCGAUUAAUUUGUCACUGAUUCCACCAGCUCGCUUUUAUAUACGCGCAGGUGUCGAUCGGAGCAGGUGCCUGCAUUAUGGAGGAAAGUGCAAACUUAAACUUCUCAGUGUGACGAGCACUCCAUUGCUGACUAAGGAGACUUGCAUUUCCCAUUCCUUCACCUGGUCCUCGUCUCAAGAGCACAAUCAUCCAUCACCCAGAAGACAAAAAAACGGAAGGGACCCUGCCGUUUGUGAUAUAAAACAGAAAAGGCUUGAAAUACUUAGCAGGGCUGGCAGCGUCCAUGGAGAGAGAAAAACAAAGCUGCCAUUCACCUUGUCCCAUCUAUCUGCUUGCUGUUUGUUCCCUGCCUGCAACAAAACAUAGAGUUAGAAUGCCUGCAUUGAUGUGAAAGUGCAACGAAUGGUAUAGAUAAGGGAGAAUGUUAACCGGACCACCGGAUUAGUGGUCAAGACAUCUAAUGUAUUUUGAAAUAUUUGUCUUGCUGUGCAAGUUUCACGGUCAAAGGAACGUUUAUGCAUUUUUAAUGAUCUCGAUCGGGAAUGGGCGUCUUUACAAGUGACAUUUUGUUAACGCUGUUUAUUAAUUGUCCGCUCUUCAGGUUUUGUUGAACAGUUCCCUAUGGUUUCUGUCCAAAGACAUAUAGGUAAAAUGGACAAAUUGUCCCCAAAAUGGCUUUAUCUAAAAAUCAUUGGUCUGUGAAUGAAAUCUUGAAAAUUGGUGGCCAAGACUGUAUUAAGAAUGUUGAAGGAGUUAUUGUGGUGAGCUUCGAAUUUCAAGCAAAUGGAAGUAUUCAACAGGGCAGGCACCUAACCUGUGCAGAGAACAUAUGCUGUAAUACCUCUGUAAACAUCGGUAUGCUGCUAAUUGUGUUGUUUCCUCUGUGAUUUUUCACAGUUUUCUGCUCUGGAUUUCCAGUGUUACAUCCAAAUGUUAUAUUUUCACAAAUUUUCUUUUAUUUUCCCCCGAUCAGCACCACGGGCAGUUGUCUUGCAUAAAGAUUGAUGCUGACUUGAGAGCUGAGAUUAAUUUUGCGAUUGCUGAAACUUGAUAAGCGCUUGCUACAGCUCCUAACCUUUGGCUGCCUGAUAUGCUUUAGCAUAGCUCCCGCCUUUGCAUUGACCUUGCUUUUUAAGAUCAUGCCAGUCAGGAAUUUCCUUAGGUUAGGCUUGCUUUAGAGAGCUGGAGUGGUCAAAGACUUGUUCUGCAAGAUCAUCUUCACCAGCAACUGGAAAAUCCCUUGUCAUUCUUAAAUGUUGUCGGUUACCAUUUGGGGUAAUGGGGGACAAACUGGCAUUAAAUAAAAAAUACCACUGCAUGGAGCUCUCUAUCCAAGUCAGCAUGCCAUGUUCCAUACAUUUUGCUGGCUACUGCCAUGCAGAUUUGCAUAAACUGCAGUCUUCUGUCUGAGUACGUCAAAUUCUCCAUUUUUGUUGUGUAAAGCAACUUUUCUUCAUGAGCAGGUAGAUAAAAAUACUGGAGAAACUCAGCGGGUGAGGUAGCAUCUAUGGAACGAAGGAAUAAGUGACACUUUGGGUCGAGACCCUUCUUCCUUCAUGAGCAGAGCACUAAACCCUUAUACAAAAGGACACCAAGUGCCGGAGUAACUCAGCAGGUCAAGCAUCAUCCUCGGAGAACAUGGAUAGAUGAAGUUUCGGGUCAAGAUUCUACUUUAGAUCCGAAUCGUCACCUCUCCACAUUCCCCAGACACGCUGCCUGACCCACUGAGUUAUUCUAGCAAUUUAUGUCCUUUUGUGUAUUUUUGUUUCUACAGCAAAACCCUCAAAUGUAUUUUUACUUGUGAAAUUUCUGUUGGAUGUGAUAUUCUUUUGUCCAUCGAAGUCCAUCUUCCCUCUGAGUCACGUGCCUGGAUUGGCAUCCAAGCACCUUCUGGUCAGAGUGCAGAACUGAAAGGCUUUGAAAGGGCAUUCCUAUAUUGGUUAGUCUUCUGCUGCCAGGGUACUGAUGACUGAACAGCAGCUUCAUAACUAUCCUUCUCUCUCGCAUACUUCCUCCAAAUCAUAUUCUUUUGAGUUGGUCAGUGACAUCAGCUGGGCACAUAAUUUGGUAGAGAUUUUAUUUAGUUUUUAAGCAACAUCAGUGCUAGUAUCUGCUGUCAGUAUUGAUUGCAUGGUCUUCCGUUUUAGAAUUGGCUGGUCUAAGGCUGGAAUUAACUAUCGGAUAACUGUGCUGAAUCCUUUGUGUAAAAAGUCUUGCCUCAUUCUGUCAGUGUGUACGUUAGGCUUCUGCUGCUUAAAUGUAUUUUUGUCUUUGAUCAAAAAAAUUGUUAACCAAUGUAAUUAUGUACAGAAUUUGGGUCCAUAAUUGUGCAAUAAUUUUUUAUUAUAGUUGUAUCAUGACGAAAUUCUGGAUAGAUGCGACUGCCGAGGGUUUUAGAUUUUGUUUGGCUUGAACAGUGUAAAAACUGUUACGGUUUAUCAAUCCAUUGGGGUUGGUGGCACGAGGAAUAAAUGGUGCAUUGCAAUAUUGUGACUUCCUACAAGUCAAAAAUUCAAUAAACUCUUGAAUUGUGC